GCGAAGGGUAAAAGCAGCCGCCCCUCCUCCUCCUCCUUCGCUGCUGGCGCGCUGCCCCCCUGGGCCCGCGCUCGCCGCGCCGCGCUCGGGCCUGCGUCGCUGUGCGGGAGGGGGACGGGCGGGCGGCGGCGGGGACCAGGUCAUUGUUUAUAAUGUAGCUGCAUCUGAAGAAGUACAAAGUGGCUUUGUGUCAUGCUGACUAACAACAUAGGGCAUCAUUUCAUGGUACGUCAAGCAAUGAUUCCAAGAAACCUGAAACCGUUUCCCUACAUUUGUGGCAACAGAAUGUUGUCGGGUUACAAACCUAAAAGCAACAUCAAGGACUCUUACAAAAUUCUUGAGCUCGAGGAAGGAUGUUCCCUUGAUGAUAUCAGAAACUCAUAUCGAAGUCUUGCCAAAAAAUACCAUCCAGACAGCGGUUCUGCCACAGCUGAUUCCGAAGCAUUUAUGAAAGUAGAAGAAGCAUACAGAGUCGUGCUCAGUGAUGUGGCAACCAAAAAGAAAUCAAACGAGAAUAAUGAAGAGGAGGAAGAUCAGUUCAAAUCAAAAGCACCACAGCAUAGGCACUACUUGAGUUUUGAAGGCGUUGGUUUUGGAACACCAAGCCAAAGAGAAAAGCAAUACAUGCAAUUUCGAGUAGACCGUGCUACUGAGCAAGUGUUGGAGUACCGGAAGCAAAGACUUGAAAGCCAGUAUGCUGCGACUGACCUAAUGAAAGCCAAAGAUGUGAGGCAGAGCAAAAAGGUGAAAAUAACUCAGGCAGUUGAGCGGUUGGUUGAGGACCUCAUCCAGGAAUCGAUGGCAAAAGGAGACUUUGACAACCUCAGUGGCAAAGGAAAACCUUUGCAGAAAUUUUCAGACUGUCCACAUAUCGACCCUAUGACUCACAACUUGAACAGGAUUCUGAUAGACAAUGGAUACCAGCCAGAGUGGAUCCUGAUGCAGAAAGAAAUACGGGAAACUAUUGAGCGGUUAAGGAAGAAUAUAGUGGCAUCUAGAAGUAAGCUUGGAGGGCCAAUGACACCAUAUAGGCAAAAGCAAUGGAAUCAUAUUUGUGAGCAAUUUAUAGAAGAUAUCAGGAAAUUAAACAAAAGAAUUGACAACUUCAAUUUAGUUGUUCCUAUUCUGAGCAGACAAAUGGUACACUUCAGUGCAGACAAAGAAAUUGUUAGAGCACAAAAGACCUAUGAAGCUUUGAUGGAAAACAGAGAUGCUUCUAAUUCAGACACAAAGGAAAAUGAAGAAAAAAAUGUUAAAAGCUUUGGGUGGAAGUCUUCUCUAUUUAAGUGGUUAAACCUUACACUGAAAUAAGCUAAUACUAAUUCAUCUGUCUCGUCAAGAUUUUGAAUGCACUUUAUUAAUUAAACUUGUAGCACUAGAGAAAUUUCAGGUACACUGAAAAUGUAAAAUCCAGCUGUCCACUCUUACACUAGUUAAAAAGAAUUCAGUUGUCUGAUGUGCAUUUGCAGGUGCUUAAUUGAUGUAUUUGUUAAUAUUGAUAAGGAACAAAUAAAUUCAGUUAUCCUCUUGCA